AGCUUCUCCUCGUAACAGUUUCUCCAGACAGUUUUCGUUCUCGCCUGAAUUUCGUUUGUGAACCUAAAAAGAUCUCUCUCCUUUUUUCUUUUCCAUUCCUCGCCGGAGGCUACCGACGAUAGGACUGUCGUAGGGCAUAAAUAUUGGAAUAUGGCAAAUGAUGAGAAGGAGGGAGCAGAGACUUCCACCCGUGGGACUGAAUGGGAAGUUGUGUCACUUACAGCAUCGGCAUAUGCUGCUGCCCCUGGUCCAAAAGGGUUUGGACCAAAUAAUGAUGUGAGGGGGAAUGAUGUUGAUGGUGAUGAUGAAGCCUCUCGUGCAUUCUUCAUGUCUGAUCACUUUGUAUUUCCACCUAGCCAGCAUGAAAAUCUGCCAUUGGAGCCUGAUAGCAGUGAGAUCCAUAAUGAACCUGGUGGCAACCAUAUAGGUUCCAAUGAGGUUCCUAGAAUGGAUAUGGAGGAAGGAGAUAUAUCAAGUGUAAAAUAUGAGGAUAAUUGGAAUGCCAAAGGUUUGACAAUACCAGAUGAGUUUCCUGGGAUUCAAUUCUUUGAUGAAAAGGGUAAUAGGCUCUCUGUUCAUGCUACAGAGUUCGAGGAAGGUUCAGCCCUACAAGGGAUAAAUUUGGUUCAUGGAGAACAGAACAUAUACACAACAACUAAAUUCGGUUCUUUCCAUGGUGAAGCAGAUAUUAGUGGGUCUACUUUAUAUGAUGACAAUACAGUUAUUUCUGAUAAUGAUCCUUCCAAGCGAAGCUUUGAUUAUCCUUCAGAUUUAUCAAAGCCACUAGAUCCUACAAAAGAAGACAAGUUUAGUGGCUCUGGUCUUCCCUGUGAAGCAUGGUGGAAGAGACGGGUGGCUUCACUGUAUGCUCAUGCAAAGGAGGCAAAUGCAUUUUGGUCUGUUGUAGUUGCUGCUGCUUUGAUGGGCCUUGUAGUUAUUGGGCACCGAUGGCAACAACAAAGAUGGCAGGUUCAACAGCUUAAGUGGCAACUUAGCACCGGUGAUGAGAAGAUGAACCGAAUGCUAGGCCCCAUUUCUCGAUUGAAAGAUGUUAUUGUGGGUGGCCACCGACAAGGUUCAGCCAUCAGGGGCAGCACCUCUGCCGAGCGUUAGGAUGACGACGAAAAGAAGAAGCAAAAUGCACUUAUGCACAGAAACAGAUGGUGUGAAUUGUGGGGAGUGGGGAUGGGUAUGCUAUUUAUGCUGCCACUGUAAGAAGAUGACACCUAUUUCAUUGGCAUGAUAUAUUCUUCCUUUGAUUAUUAUUGUGCUAAGGUAUUUUCAUACUUCACCGUCCUAUUUAUAAGUAUUGACAUUUAUUAGAGAGGAAACAACGCAUUUUUUUUUUACUUGGUGAAGGAAUGUAUAUAUUGAAACCCGUUCCCUUCGUGGUUGAUUAACACAAUGGCUGGAUCAGGGUCCAGGGA